AUGUGUGCAGAAAUGAUGGAUAUCACCAGAGAUGAAUCAAAAAGAAUUCUCCGUAGGCUAGGUUAGUUGACCUUUGUUGAUUCACCUACCAACAACUGUAUUAGAGUAUCAGAAGUUGCAGUGUGAUAAAAAUAAUAUUACUAAUAAUAAUAUUGAUGAUGAUUAUGAUGAUGAUGGUAAUAAUGUUGUUGAUGAUGACGUUGAUUAUAUUGUAGCACAAUGUACAUUAUUAUUCGCAGAAACUACUAAAUUAUCUUUUUUUUAUUUCGUCUUGAAAGCUGGAAGGAUUGCAUUGGUUAAUCAUGUAAUCAUAAUUUCUUUUCCUUUUUCUUUUCAUUUAGAGUUAGAAGCAUAUUCUUCUAUUAUCAGUGCAUUCAGGGCCCAAGGAGAAUUAAGUCGGUCAGUUGAUUUGUUUGUCUUAUAGUAAUAAUGAAGUGUCCCCAAUUAGUGCAGCACUUUUGGUGUGCUAGAAGCUCUGGCAUGUUGAUAAAGUUGUUGAUUGAUUGACAGUUAUAAUAAGAUGCCCAAUUAUUUUUUUUAGGUAAAAAUGUGCUUUGAUUAAUUACUGCUUGUUUAUGAUGUGGAAUUUUUAUAAGAAAGGAAAUCACAGUAUGGAAGAGAUUUGGAAAUUAUCAGUGAAAACUAGUAAAGGCGGUUGAUAUUAUAGCUCCUAGACUGCAAGCAGUGUCUUAUUUUUCUUUUGAGCUACAGUAAAUCGAGAGCAGGCACCCUAUAGCUCCCAGCAUAGAGAUAUGUCUAUGAGUUGUACUUGCUAUACACUUUUUUCCAAAAUGGUGGCAAAAUUCUCUAUUAUUAAUCUUCUUGAUCAUUGGCCUUCUAUGUUUUGUUUAAAGGUGAAAGUUGUUUUUGAACUCUGUAUAUGCAGUUAAAGCAAACAAAGCUGACUAACAUAAAGAUAACAGAAAGGAAUAUUGCCACCAUUUUGGAGAAAGGUGUAUUGUGUCAAGCAAAGAAAAGCAACAGUGGUGAUUGAUCUGGAAUGGUAAUUUUGUACUCUAUUUCACCAACAACAAGAAGGGAAAACUGUUAUUCACAUUCUUAAUGCAUUUUUUUUCCAUAUAUAGGGCUAAAAAGAAGAUUUUGCAGGAACUGGGAGCUCAGCUCAGGUAACUGACUGAACUGUAUUCUUCAUCUUACAUCUUACCUUCCAUUGUCGACUUACUGCAAAUUUAGUCAGCAAACUAUUUUUCUACUUACCAUGGUGGUCGAUAGCUUGGAGGGCUGAACACUUACAUUACCAUUAUUUUUUUAUGAUUAAUGUAUUAUUGUACAGUCUCAAGAACGUUAGUUUAUAGUUCCCCCCACAUAAAAUUUUUAAUGACCUUCACUGUAACAUACAUAUUAUCUAUUUCCUUUCCUUGGGUUUGGAAGGUUACCAGUCAUUUCGAUACAAGUUAAUCCCUUCGAGGUGUAAAUAAUUUAAUGUGCUUGGCUUAAAGAACAAAGAAUAUUCACCCCAAAUUUUUUCUUGUUCAAUUGCAAGUACUUGAAGUGUCCAAAAUUUUUGUGCAAUUUCACUGCUUGAGUUCUCGUAGCAAAAUGACUUGUAUUGAAAUGACUUUGUAUCAAAACGACAGGACUCUGUUUGGAAGGGUAGGGAUGUUUCCUGAAAAUUACAUGAUGCAGGUAGAGUAAUCAAGGCUUGAAAAAGGCUUGAAUUCCAGCUUGUCCUUUGGGCAAGCAGCUGUCAUAUUUUUGUUACACAGGGUCACUUCUUGCUAGUCUUAGUGAAUGAUUUUAUUAGAGGAUGACUUGCCUGGAGUCUUACCCAUUGGACAAGUAAGCUUUAAAAGUUACUUUCCCAGCAAGAAAAUCUACUUGUCCUGGACUACCAGGCAGGACUAUUUUUAAGCCCUGAGCCAUAUGUUUUUACAACUUGAUAUACUGUUUACUCUAAUAGCGAUGUGUGACUAAGUCACUAAAAGUCUUUUGGCACUUUAAAUUUAAUAGUAUAUCCACUGAACGCCAUAGAGCUGAGGUGCGAAGAGCCUAUAGUGAUGACAGAUUGGCUAUCGUGGCGGAAAGGUACAGUAGGCUUCAAUAUUUCCCUUAACGUUUUAAGUCUCCACUACAAAAUGCAAAUGCUAGGCUGUGAUAACCAUGGCCAUCAAUUUAAAAAGUCAAGAACUACACUUUUUUGCAAGAAUAUAGUAACAUAAUGUUUGUUUGCAUUUUUUUGUGAAGUAUUUAUGGUGCUGGGAGCUGUGCUGAAUGGGCGGCAGAAGGAAGAAGGCUUGUUCCCUUGAUGCCACGUCUUGUGCCUCAAACAGUGUUCAGUGCUUCAGCUACUGCAGCAGCUAAUUCUGCCGCUGCAGCUAAUGCUAAGACUCCAGCCUCUUCAGGUACUGUUCAUUAAACCUGUUGAUAUUGUUACAUUAACACUCCCUGGGUUCAGCAAAUACAGCUAUACGUAAGAAAUGUACCGCAAAAGUGACAAGUUUUGACUGUUUUUUAUUCCGAUUGCUCCACUCUUCACACACUUGUCAGAUCAGAUAUUGGAUAACCAUAUUUGGAAUGCAGCAUGCAGCAUCACACUACGCCAAGUACAACAAUGACCUGGUACAAUAAUACCAGAACACUAGGGUGCAUAUAUGUACAGGUCAUGAAAAUCAUGAAAAGAAGUGGAAAUUUAAUAUUUUAAAAUCCACUCAAAGGCUGUGUUGUGAGAAAAAUUGAAGGGAACUUAGUACUCUUAAACUGUUAAAUCCACAUUUCCCCGCAUAUGAUUUCUAUGAAAAAAAUUAAGAUGCUCUAGUUACCUGGUAACAAAAAUUAGCAGGCGGCAGGGGCCACUGGACAUUCUUAAAGCACGGCCUUGCAGUCCUCGAAAUCCUGAAAUAAGAUCCCCACACGUAAGAAAAUAUAUUUCUUGUCCCAUUUUUAGGCACACAUGUACAUCAUUUCUUCCCAUCCAUUUACCACUUUAGGGUCUUAUUUUGUAGCCUACAUGUAGCCGCACCCUCCCCCCGACAAAGGAAAAACAGAGAGAGGGAGCUCCUUCUGUCCAUUUUUCCUUUGUCUGGAGUAGGGUGCGGCUACACGUAGGCUACUUAUUGUGCCAUUAAUUGUAUAUUGCACGGUCCUUGCUUUCACUGUCAGGGUUGCUUAAUGUCCCUUUUGAGUGUUGUCAUUGUCCUAUGUUUGAAAGCCAUAGGUUUUGUUUGAUUUGUUUUGAUUUUAUUUUCCUCAGUCAACAAAGCUGGGAGUAGUUCAAGUUCACUGAAUGCCACCACAAACUCUUCAUCUUCUUCCAGUCCACAAAACAGCUCUAAAGCUGCAACUGUGAAACAGCAGACUCAAACAGGUUAACCCACUCCUCUUUUGACUUCACCCUCUGUUAUAUGAAAUCAACAUAAUUUUACAAUUCUGCUUACUGAGUUCCACUGGAUGUCACAAAACUAAGACGAUGCUGUAAGUGGGGAAACAAAGCACUGUUGCAGAUUACAAGUGAUAGACUUCAUUCUAUGUCAACGAAGUGAACAAAAAUUGGGCUUUUCUUUAGCAAUGUAGGCAUGCAUGAUUCAUGACAGUGAUAUCAUUCUUCUGAUAGCCCACUAUUUUUUUUCUUUUAAGUGUUCUUAAUCUCUUUUCUUAGAUGUAUGAAGAGCUGAAGACUUUUUUGUACACCCCAUAAGCAAACGGUGGCUAUUUUUAUUCUAUUUCUGUUACAGAACUGGUCAAAUUUGAUUUCAGGUUGAAAUAUUUUACCCUAGGUUGAUUCUCGAUCUUCUUUGUCUUCAGGUUCUUGGGCUAGGAGGCAAAGGAAAUUGAGUACCGAUAUUAACUAAGGUUAAAUCAAAAUUAACUGGAAAUCAAAUUUGACCUGUAUCAUUUCUCUUUACCAGUCAAGAGAACAGCUUGCUGAGUAGUACUGCUAAACUGAGAGGGAGGAAAACCUGAGUAUAAAAGAUUUGAACAACUGUCUUUGGAAAAGUUUUAUAAUAAGGGUGUGCCCAAGGUGGGGGUGGAGGGGGGAGAAAUAAAAUGACUGACACAUUNGUUCAAGUUCACUGAAUGCCACCACAAACUCUUCAUCUUCUUCCAGUCCACAAAACAGCUCUAAAGCUGCAACUGUGAAACAGCAGACUCAAACAGGUUAACCCACUCCUCUUUUGACUUCACCCUCUGUUAUAUGAAAUCAACAUAAUUUUACAAUUCUGCUUACUGAGUUCCACUGGAUGUCACAAAACUAAGACGAUGCUGUAAGUGGGGAAACAAAGCACUGUUGCAGAUUACAAGUGAUAGACUUCAUUCUAUGUCAACGAAGUGAACAAAAAUUGGGCUUUUCUUUAGCAAUGUAGGCAUGCAUGAUUCAUGACAGUGAUAUCAUUCUUCUGAUAGCCCACUAUUUUUUUUCUUUUAAGUGUUCUUAAUCUCUUUUCUUAGAUGUAUGAAGAGCUGAAGACUUUUUUGUACACCCCAUAAGCAAACGGUGGCUAUUUUUAUUCUAUUUCUGUUACAGAACUGGUCAAAUUUGAUUUCAGGUUGAAAUAUUUUACCCUAGGUUGAUUCUCGAUCUUCUUUGUCUUCAGGUUCUUGGGCUAGGAGGCAAAGGAAAUUGAGUACCGAUAUUAACUAAGGUUAAAUCAAAAUUAACUGGAAAUCAAAUUUGACCUGUAUCAUUUCUCUUUACCAGUCAAGAGAACAGCUUGCUGAGUAGUACUGCUAAACUGAGAGGGAGGAAAACCUGAGUAUAAAAGAUUUGAACAACUGUCUUUGGAAAAGUUUUAUAAUAAGGGUGUGCCCAAGGUGGGGGUGGAGGGGGGAGAAAUAAAAUGACUGACACAUUAAUUAAUGUUAUAACCAUCAUAGGUACGGCACAGGGGAGUGAAGCUGAUGGUUUUGACGAUGAUGGUAAACCAAAACGAAAAAGACGGUUGAGUGUAUCAAGUCUAAAUAAACCUGUAACAAAAGUUACCAUUCCCACCCCUACUCUGGUGUCAAAGGCGCCAACCAAGCAGACCACAUCAGUAAGUACUAUGACCAAGUCUGGCAAAGCUCUCGGACCUGCUGGCACGGUUAAACCGGUUCCGCGUAUGUCACCACUCCCUGCCUCUUCAUCACAGGUGAAGCUUCUUACAAAGACAGUAGCAGUUUCGCAGGCAAUCUGUCAGGCAAAGACUGUUCUUAACUAUAAAACUAUGACAACUGUUGCAUCAUCACCGGCCAAAACGCAAACAGCGAUGACUCAGUCAAUUCCCAAGAAUCAGAGCAAAGUUGCCUCUGUUUCUGCUCCUAAAGCCGUCUUGGCAUCAAAGACCCCACUGUCAACCGUGGGCAAGGGUGUGUCCACUGGAGCAGCAUCAAACCCAGCGGCCACUGCAAAUCCGAUUGGGGUUGCUCUUAAAACCAGUUUAACAGCAGCCCAACUGGCUUCAAAACAAAAAGCAAAGCCAGCAGCAGCCAGAUUUAAACCUCUUCCAGGAACUGUUAAAUUCAAGUCUGUCACUCCAGCUACCAUGGGAACCUGUUCAACAGUUACCAUGGUAACUCCCAGUCCUAGUUCUCAGGCCUCCUCGACCUUGCCAGCUACCAGCACUCAACCUGUAGUUCGAGUCAUUCAUGUCCCAGGAACAGGAGGUGUUGGUGUGAGCAAGCCAGUGGUUGUCAUGACAACAGGUCUCACCAAAACAACAGUUGCAGGUGUUGUGCCUGGAGUAAGCAGUGCAGCCAGCUUAACAAAGACAACAUCUCAGGUAAGAAGAUUUUUGCUGUUGAUACAAAAGGCUUUUAAUAAAAAUAAAUAAAUUGACUUAUAGGGGAAACACAUUAGGCCAUUUUCAAGUUAAAAUCUCUCACUUUAAAAACAAGGCUAAGUGCAAAAUCUCUCUUAGCUUGUAAAAGUGAGUUUUAUUUGUGUGAGAAUAAAAAAACCUUUUAAAUCAAUGGCUUGGGGCAACUCAAAAAUGGCCUAUUACUGGUACCCAGUAGUUUUUAUUGUGGUGCACAAAUGCAUUUGUAAGGACAGUGACAAACAUUUGAAAUUAGACAUAACAUUGUAAAGAAUCCCAGCUGGCAGGAGGCUAACCAGCUGAAUAUUUACAAGGUUGACUGAGGAGUUGAACAUUGGACUUCAGAGAACAAACCGAGCUAGGGGCUAGGGCGGGGGGAUUGAACUUGUUGCCUCUGUAUUGCAAUUCCAGCACUCUGACCUCUUAGCCAUCCCAAUUGAAUUAUGCAGAACAAGGGAGGUGCUGUAACUAAAGGCUUAAAUCAUCUAGUAAUAAGGCAAAUAAUGUAACUCUUCCAAAUUUUAACAGGGUUAGCAAGUGUGAAGAAGUUUGUCAAAUUUUAACCCAUCAGGCCCCAGUUGUUCAAAAGGUGGAUAACCCUAUCCAGUCGAUAACUCAGUCGGUUUUCCUAAUACUUAUCUGCUGGAUAAUGAUUUAUCUGUUGGGUAGUGCUAUCUAACGUUUUAGCAACCGGGACCUGAUUAUUGAAGAAAUAUUUUGAAUGAAUAAUAUGAAGUCUUAUUCAUUGCAAUCUUCAUGUUAUUGUUGAUCAGCUGACUCAAAAUCCUUCAAGCAACAAGACUGUAGCCUCGACAUCUACCACUUCAUCUUCUCUGUUGAAACCCAAAGUUUCCAGUGCAGUAACUCAAGCAGCACCAUCAGCAUCAAAAACUGUUGUCAUGACAACACUAGUAGGUGGGACAAAGAGAGUGGUUCUCUCAGUCCCAGCUCCCUUGCAGCCUUCUCCAACGGUUCCUGCCCCCACUACCUCCUCCCAGGGAAUUGUCAUCACUAAGACACAAGGUAAAUGGUUGAAAUAAAUCACCUUUUUAGUUCCGUUUUGCUUUAAAAAUUAUUAUAUGGCCAUUCAGUUUAUACUGCUAGGGUUUUGAGAAGUGAUAUGAUCAACAUGUCACGAGCACAGGACAAAGAAAAAAAGGAUCAUUUUACGUUUCUAGGAAACUGCCCACCUACCCCUCCCCUAAGCUAACAUUAACACUUACUUUUCACUUAGGGCAAAAUGCUUGCUUAGGGGAGGGGUAGGUGGACAGUUUCCCAGAAACGUAAAAUGAUCCGGAAAAAAACGAGUCCCCGACAGGAAUUGAACCUAUGACGUUCCAUACACCAGUUGGAUGCUCUAACCACUGAGCUACGACGGACUUCUGGAGUGCUGGACUAUAAGCAAGGUUCAUGUAUGACAUGCAUACUGCUAGGAUCAGCAAUGUUGAAAUUGUCAUGUGUGUGGUAAUAAAGAAUGAUGGAUUUUACUUAUAAGUCAAAACCUGUUUAAUAAUACGGGCACAGAGGAGGCCAUAGGAAGUGUCUAUAUUAAAUGGGUGUCUGUAUUAACAGGGCUGUCAUUAAGAGCUGGGGACCGGGGAUCUUCCCUUGCCCCCAGCUAUUUUCAUUUGAAAACAGAAGAUGAAUAAAACCAAAAGAAAUCCCUACCUGUUUGAUUCCCCACCUACUUGAUGCAUUUUUCGCAGCAACUUGAAAUCUUACUGACAACCCUGGUAUUAAGCUGGUUGAAUGUAGGGAGGGGCUUUCUUCCCCCAGGGAAAGGUCUGUCCAUAAUAAUGAGGUGUCCAUAUUAAGCAGGUGUCCAUUGUCUAUAAAGGGUGGUUUAACUUUAUUAUGAAUGUGAAGAGAUUUUUAAAAGGAUGUUGCAAGCGGCAAUUUACAUCAGAUUUAAUAUUUUAGAGUUUUUAAAAAAUGGUGACCAACUGUCCCAUAACAUAGUUUAAUGCCCACAAUCGGCGACAAAAUUGUUGAGACAUUGUACUCAAAUAGGGUAACUUCGGAGAACAAAAGAAUCUGCACCCCUGACGCUGUCCCCUCCAUUCAAAGUUGGGGUGUUUGUUGUUUUCUAUAGGUAGCUCAAACAUUGGCACAACAUUGCAUGGAGGGGAUGGGGGAGGAAAAGCUAUAUUUCCUCCUUUUGAAGUUAGUAAAACAUCAAAAAGCCCAGUUUUGGGCAAAGUGUCUCAACUCAUUUUGUCACUGAUUGCAGGUAAAGAAAAUCCUUUGCAUGCUCUAGAAAUAGGUCCAGCUAAAGACCAAAGUCCAAAUGCAGAACUUUUUAAAGGAAGCUUUUUUAAUGGAACCCUCUUUUUACUUAGCUAUGUAACAAAUUAUUUAGACCCUAGAAUUUUUAGUUUCAGUCUGAAUUAAAGUUUUAAGUACACAAAAUAUGGGAUUUGCAAUAGAGCACUUGAAGGAUUUUACUCAUAGGGAUUAAACGAUUAACAGUUUAGUAAUUACCUUGUCAAAGGCUGCUGGACCUUUGUAGUUGAUCUAUUUUUUUCAAUAUAUUUUAGGUGUUGGAUUGACUACCCUUGCUGUCACACAGUCCACUUCUAAGAAGGACAAUAAAAUUGCUCCAGCUCUAACCACUGUCAAUAUCAAGCCAUGUCCCACCCAAAUAACACCCAGUCUGUCUGCCCCAACUGUCACCACGCAAGUUAGAUCAAGACCCCUCCCAGCCAUUCUUCCUGCCCCACCCAAACCAUCGAGCAUGACACAAGCACCAUCAAGUGUCACCGCUGCCUCAAGCAUCAGAAAGCUUCCUACCAUCUUACCAGCACCAGCCAAGAAUGUAACUGUCAUUCCAACUGUCUUAGUUCCCAUGGCAACUGGUGUGGGUGCACAUGCUGGCGCGCAACUGCAGUCAUCAGUGCCGCUGGCUGUUAGUACCACCAUCUCUGGUGUAGGGAUGCCAGGUCUGAAUGAUGUUACAUCACAGCAGUAUCCAUCUACUUCAGAGUCGGGUUUGAUUUCUGCCGAUCAGAGCAACCACAGUUCAGUUAUGAACGAGAAUAGUGAAUUAUCGGAAGUGUCAAGCUCAAAAAUGCCUGUGAUAAAUGAACCAAGUUGUGUGCCUGAAGGUGACAAUAAUACAUCGUCUGAAGAUGACUCUCUCCUUAUGUGCUCAGAAACAAUUGACAACAGCUGUAGUAUCACCGAGGCACCAUCUACUGUUGAUUUUUUUACAAGUGUAGCAGAGAGCACACCCAUUAAAGACCAAGCUGAAAACAAUGCAGUUGAUCUGUCACAAACGUCAUUAGAUUCAACUGAGGAACAUGAAGCGACUCGCAAAACAGGAUUAGGCCCAUUGUCUUUGCAAGAUAUUGAAGUAUCUGUCUCUGAUUUAGACACUGAAAAUGGAGUUCAGAAAGAUUUGUUUAUUGAAGCAGACUCUUGUGAAAAUCACACCGAGGCAUUUGCAGAAUCUAUUGAAAAUGUCACAGUACAGAGACUGGAUGUUUCUGGGGAAAUUUCUGAUAUAGCAGUGGGUGGUUUGUCUGAGGAAAUCUAUGCCGAAUCAGAUGUGGCUGAUCUUGAAGAAGAGAAGGAUCACAGACAGGAGGAAGAUUCAGAUCAGAGCUUAUCUUUGGGGGAAACUCAUUGUCAUGACAAAACUGUGAGUGUAAAAGAUGCUCAAGAUGGGUUGCCUGUGGAGAAUCCUGGGUUACCUGUGCAGAAUGCAUUACAAAUAAUUGAAAGUUUCGUGGAAAGCAUGGAAGCAAGCUCUGGAGGCCAAGUGGAUGAUUCCCAACUUCCAUCCCACAAUUUUUCUUUAGGAUUCACUCAAUCUUCUAAUUUGCAAAAUUCAUCUCUGCCUGAAGUUCCUGGAAAUACCUCUGAGAAGGGAGAUGUAAUCUGUGAACAGCUAACAGCUGUAGCAGAUACUGUCAAAAGCCUUGGGGAAGGUCAAAACUCAAACCUUUUAACAAAAUUUGAGGAAGAGAAUUGGGACUCUUCAGAUCCGCCUAUUGAUGUCUUGUCUACUUCCACAAGCAGUUCAAACAGUGCUUCAGAGAGUAUCGAGUUGACAGAGAAGGAAAUCAAAGCUCUUGAAGCCUUUGGUAGUAUAAGAACAAGUGGAAGAAAAAGGAAACCUCCAACAUCUCUUGAUGUGUCACCACCAAGGCAAGUUAGUGGCUGGGUUCGUGGUGCUCUUAGGUAUGUAACUAUGGCUUGUACAGUACAGUCAUUUAUCUGUUGAAGUUUAUUCUGUCAACAGCACUCUAGUGGUAAUGGUGGUGGUAGUGGCAGUGGUGGUGAUGAUAUAGGUAGUAUUUUUAUGUAGUAGUAGCAGUGUUGUCAGUGGAAAUGCUGGCAGUGAAAGUGGCAGUAGCAGCAUUGGUAGCAGGUGUAACAGCCCAAUGGUAUUAGUGGUGGUAAAACUUAGUAUUAUCUGAGAAAUGUAUGUAAUAAUGAAAUUAGAGAGAUUUAGAGUCACGUAUACGACAAACAGAAAACAUCAUACUCAUCAUUGAGAAUUGUUCUUGAAAUAGUAAAAGAGCAGAUAAAAACACUCCAAAACAAUUCUUAUGGAUUAACCUGGUGUCAAACUAAAUGGCAUGUAANCAAACCUUUUAACAAAAUUUGAGGAAGAGAAUUGGGACUCUUCAGAUCCGCCUAUUGAUGUCUUGUCUACUUCCACAAGCAGUUCAAACAGUGCUUCAGAGAGUAUCGAGUUGACAGAGAAGGAAAUCAAAGCCCUUGAAGCCUUUGGUAGUAUAAGAACAAGUGGAAGAAAAAGGAAACCUCCAACAUCUCUUGAUGUGUCACCACCAAGGCAAGUCAGUGGCUGGGUUCGCGGUGCUCUCAGGUAUGUAACUAUGGCUUGUACAGUCAUUUAUCUGUUGAAGUUUAUUCUGUCAGCAGCACUUUAGUGGUAUUAGUGGUGGUAGUGGUAGUGGUGGUGAUGAUGUAGGUAGUAUUUUUAUGUAGUAGUAGCAGUGUUGUCAGUGGAAAUGCUGGCAGUGAAAGUGGCAGGGGCAGUGUUGGUAGCAGAUGUAGCAGCCCAAUGGUAGUAGUGGUGGUAAAACUUAGCAUUAUCUGAGAAGUGCAUGUAAUAAUGAAAUUAGAGAGAUUUAGAGUCACGUAUACGACAAACAGAAAACAUCAUAUUCAUCAUUGAGAAUUGUUCUUGAAAUAGUAAAAGAGCAGAUAAAAACACUCCAAAACAAUUCUUAUGGAUUAAACUGGUGUCAAACUAAAUGGCAUGUAAAGGGACAACUUGGUCGCAUGUUACAAAUUCAUGUUCGCCAUUUGCCAAAAAGUGAGUUGUAAAUCUCUUGACCAUUGUAGGUUUGGUAUAAAUAAAAAUAAUAUAAUGUGGUAAAAUGAGAUAAUGAGAUACCAAGUUCUUGGUUAGUCAAAAUUCAUUUUCUUGAGCCAAGCACAUUUUAAUAGUUUAAUAUUGUUCAGACCCUCUGAGGUUAAAUCUUUUGAACCUGGCACUGUUUUGAUUCAAGGUGUACUGGUCCAAGUACUGAAUGCAGGCAGUGCUGAUAUUGACAAUAACUUUAUUUUUAAUACCAUGUUUUGCAGUUUGCUGCAAAAGGUUGCUAGUUAUCGAGGACAAGGAAGACGGAAAGGUGACUUUGGCGCUGCUUCCUGGUUCCUCAAACCAGGUACCUUAUAAAUACAAGUCUUCUCCUUUUUUUUUUCUUCUCCCCAAAUAGAGCACCAUGGGAGGGGAGGUAUGAUGCUCUAGUAAAGUAAAACAUCUCAAAUGUCAGAUCAAGUGUCAGUAUUUUAGUCUUGGCUCUGUCAUUAAGGUAUUUUUUCUAAUCUUCAACACACUCACUCUCACUGUCCACUUGUAGUGAUAAGUACUAGACUUAUCCACACAUAACGGUGUGUUUCCCUGUUGGAGACCUCCUUGGCUUGUGAUUUACUUGCAUCUUGUCUGGAGGGAAUUACAGGGUGUAGAAAUAAUUGUAGAGACUUAAUACCACAGGAGCUUUGCCAAGCUAAGUGGAUAUCCUGUGGCUCACAUAGUAAAUCUCACAUAGUAGUGAGUUCUUUUCUGGACCUCACCCAUUGCUUCUAAUAAUGGCAAAAUGAAAAAUAUUUUUAAAAAAAUAACUAUUUUGCAAAAUCCUAAUAUUUUUAUAGUGCUAUGCAAAAUUCCUGCCAGCAGGUUUCAUUUGAAUGGUAACACCAUUAGUAUUUAGUCCACAGAUGCAAAAGUUACAUGUACAGUGGGGAAUCAUCUAAGCAUAACUAAACUUGUUCUACAGUGUGACUGAAAAAGUAAACCAGUUCAAAUUCCCUCCCAAAAGAUUACACAUUGUAAUUCUUUUGACUCAAAGGAUGAAAUCCUAUAUGGUAUGACCCUUCUUGUGAUGGCCACUGAGCAGUACUUUCUCAUAGAACAAGAAAUUUGUUAAGUUAGAGCGGUUUUCACUUGACUGUCGUAAAACCAAAACCAAAGUAAAUACACUAGCCAACCAAAGGGCGUAGUAAAACCAAAACCAAAACCAAAACCAAUCCCUUUCGACAGUCAAGUGAAAACCGCUCAUCACGUAUACGACAAACAGAAAACAUCAUACUCAUCAUUGAGAAUUGUUCUUGAAAUAGUAAAAGAGCAGAUAAAAACACUCCAAAACAAUUCUUAUGGAUUAACCUGGUGUCAAACUAAAUGGCAUGUAAUUAAGGGACAACUUGGUCGCACAUUACAAAUUCAUGUCCGCCAUUUGCCGAAAAGUGAGUUGUAAAUCUCUUGACUAUUGUCUGUUUGGUAUAAAUAAAAAUAAUAUGACGUGGUAAAAUGAGAUAAUGAGAUACCAAGUUCUUGGUAAGUCAAAAUUCAUUUUCUUGAGCCAAGCACAUUUUAAUAGUUAAUUGUUCAGACCCUCUGAGGUUAAAUCUUUUGAACCUGGCACUGUUUUGAUUCAAGGUAUACUGGUCCAAGUACUGAAUGCAGGCAGUGCUUAUAUUGACAGUAACUUUAUUUUUAAUACCAUGUUUUGCAGUUUGCUGCAAAAGGUUGCUAGUUAUCGAGGACAAGGAAGACGGAAAGGUGACUUUGGGGCUGCUUCCUGGUUCCUCAAACCAGGUACCUUAUAAAUACAAGUCUUCUCCUUUUUUUUUCUUCUCCCCAAAUAGAGUACCAUGGGAGGGGCGGUAUGAUGCUUUAGUAAAGUAAAACAUCUCAAAUGUCAGAUCAAGGGUCAGUAUUUUAGUCUUGGCUCUGUCAUUAAGGUAUUUUUUCUAAUCUUCAACACAUUAACUCUCACUGUCCACUAACUUGUAAUGAUAAGUACUAGACUUAUCCACACAUAACCGUGUUUUUCCCUGUUGGAGACCUCCUUGGCUUGCGAUUUAUUUGCAUCUUGUCUGGAGGGAAUUACAGGGUGUAGAAAUAAUCUUAGAGACUUAAUACCACAGCUUUGCCAAGCUAAGUGGAUAUCCUGUGGCUCACAUAGUAAACUCCUUGUUGUGGUGUCAGUAGUGAGUUCUUUUCUGGACCUCACCCUUUGCUUCUAAUAAUGGCAAAAUGAAAAAUAUUGCAAAAUCCUAAUAUUUAAAUCGUGCUAUGCAAAAUUCCUGCCAGCAGGUUUCACUUCAAUGGUAACACCAUUAGUAUUUAGUCCACAGAUGCAAAAGUUACAUGUACAGUGGGGAAUCAUCUAAGCAUAACUAAACUUGUUCUACAGUGUGACUGAAAAAGUAAACCAGUUCAAAUUCCCUCCCAAGAGAUUACACAUUGUAAUUCUUUUGACUCAAAGGAUGAAAUCCUAUAUGGUAUGACCCUUCAAGUGAUGGCCACUGAGCAGUACCCUCUCAUAGAACAAGAAUUUUGUUGUGUUAUUUGCCAAGAAUUCCUGUUUAAUUCUAACAUGUUUUAUUGUUGGCAAUUCCUACUUACAGUUGACCCAGUAGAUGCACCAGGCUACUACAAAGUCAUUAAAAAUCCCAUGGAUUUUGGCACGAUAAGAGUUAAACUAGAGGUUAGUCAAAUUACUUUUGAAAGUCUUCUUCUACUUACAAUAAUGUUACAACACAAUGGUACCAUUUUAUGAUUAUGUUAUUUUCAAUGUACUUAUUUUUUAAGUUGUAUUUUAUCUUCGGAUGUAAGAACACACCUUGUGAACAUGACUUAGAAUACUUAAAGUUCUUAUUGUUGUUACAUAAAAGUAAUUUAAAACAUCUGACUUAUCACUCAUGAAUGCUAUUUUCAGACUGGAAAGUAUCAGGAGUAUUCCGAAUUUCAUGCUGACAUGAUGUUAGUGAAAACAAACUGUUUAAAGUACAACCCACCUGGGCACGAUGUGCGACAGGUCAGUGCAUAAUAAUACUAGUGUUAGAUUCUGGGAAACUAAACUUCUCACCUACCCCACCCUCCCUUAACCCAAUGUUAACAUUAACUUCUCGUUCAAGGCAAAAAGUUGAGUUAUGGGAGGGGUAGGUUGGCUGUGUCCUAGAAUAUUUUACUGAUCCACUGUUUAUUAUACAUCAUUCCAAGCUGGUUGAGCAAGUUAAAACGAUGCUUGUGUUGUAAAUGGCUACCCAAAAGGACAAGAUUGGACUGGCUUGCCUGAUUUGGAUUUUCUGCUACAUUUCUCACCAAGGGAAUAUUUUUUAGGCUUAUGUAAUAAAUCUUUUAUCAUUUUGUGUAAAGUACUGACCUUUUUGUUGCAGGACUGUGAGGAAGUUUUCCGUUUUUAUGAAACAGAGUAUGGGAAAAUGUUGGAAAGAUGGGAAAAGGUAAUUUGAAUAAAUAAAUAAAUACAUAGACAUUUGGUGCUUGAUUGAAUUAGACAGAAAAAUAGAUUGAAUUAGAUAGAAAAAUAAAAUCACUCCGCUGUCAAAUAAUUCUGGCAGGUUUUUAGCUCUUAUAUUAGUUUAUAAACCAGCUGAGUAACAAACCAAAUAUAGCUACAGUGAUUAAAGAAUCAGGCAAUUGAUCAAGAGUCACUUGCAUGUCAUCUUCCAUCUACCCCUCUAAAGCAUAUUGCCCAUGGACACCUCCAGGAGCAGUAUCUAGGGGUGUGUGGGUGGGGUUAAUCUGGUGCCCAUGACACCCACAUCUUACUCCUGGGUUCAAACUUUUCACAGCAAUGCUCCUUUUGUACAGUACAAAUUUGCAUCUUUUUAUCUCAGCUUUUCUGUGACUUAUAAAGCCACAGCAAAUCAUAAUAUUGUUGGGAACUGCUAAAAUGCACCACCCUCACCUCUGAAAUGAUGGUGAUUAUAUUGUAAGGAAUGUUGCUGAUAUUGUUCGAGUGAGGUUUUAAUAGAACCGCUGUAAUUGAAAAUGAGGGUUAAUCCCUGAUGAUACUGUUGAUCCACAAUUGCCAGGGUGUAACUUUCAUUUUCCAAUUACUAAACAGCAAUUGAAAACCUCACUCAUAAUAUUUUACCAUUAAUUUUGAAACUUGCUGCUGAAGGACAAUAAGCCCUGUUUCUGAUUAUUUUUGCCCUUGUCAUUAAUUUUAAUGAUAAUCAAUGGCCUACUGUCACAACAGAUAUUUGGCUCAUAGGGCAACAACCACUUUGUUUUAACCUGUCCCUGUUAAAGGGGCUUGUAAUAACCUAGGUUUGGAGUUCCUGGACAAACAUUUAUUUUUGUUAACUGCUGCAUUUAUUUGUUUUAUUUCAGUGUCAUGUUUCUCCAGCAAAGAAGCCAAGACUUACAUCAAAGUCAGAGACCUCCACAUAAGAUGCGUAAAUUGUCAUACACAGUUUUACUAUUUUAGCUUGGUUAGAAACUAUGCAUGAAGAUAUGCCUACAAAACGUAAAAAAAAAAAAUUGUACAUUUUGUAUAUUUCAACUACAAAUUAAUGGUUAGUGACAUACUUCACCUUUUAAUACUAUGCUGCUGAAUGACCUCACAGAAAUUUAACGUCAUGUGAUUAAUACUGAUAAACUUAAGUUAUAUGAUAAAAAUUCACCAAUCACAGAUCACAAACCUUCCUUCUUGCACACUAUGAGCAAACCAUACCAUCAAAUAGUUGGAAUUUGAGCCGAAAGGCUAAUUUGUUUGAAAGUGUGAGCUCAAAAAAAAUCUAUAAGUGAGGGACUCAUGCCUAAGAUGCUCUCUCCUCCGCAAAGGCUCCCGUAUUACAGGAAAAAUAGCAAUAAUCGAAAAAUUAAAAGAAAGCACACUAGAGGGCUUCCUUUUCCAUUCUCCCCAGCUUCCCUACAACACAGAAACCUCUGCAGAGGAGUCUGAGAGCCUAAGAUGUAAUAGUUGGCAGGUAUACUUAACCCUUUAAGCCCCAGUAUCCACAUACAAAUUCUCCAAACUGAUCUCCAUACAUUUCCUUUAAGAAUAAGUUGGGAGAAUUUGAUAAAAAGAUCAAAGUAUUUUCUCUUUGGUGAGCAUUUUAUUAACUCUCAUAACCUUGAGUUUUCUCUUGCCAAUGUAUGGAUAUCGUUAGGAGAAAAUUGAUGUUGAUCACUAUCGGGACUUAAGGGUUAAUUACCUUUCCUUAUUUAAGAAAGAAAAAGCACUCCCUGGCUAAUUGAGAUGAGUUUUUAAGAAUUUUACAUAAAUAAUGCCCUUAUAAGGAACAAAAGUACACUGACCAUACCUUUUUAUAGCCUGCAUAGCAGCCAGACUAAGACCUAGAUAGAGAGCUCUGUACAGUCUAUAUCAGGGAUUUAGACUGUCUGUAAUGUAGGCUAUGAGGGAGAUGACACUGUCGUCUACCCUUCAAAUUCUAUUUAAGGUCUCUGUCUUUGUGUCCCUUUGCGAGGAUGUUAUUAAGGUCUUGUUUUUGUCACUAAUAAGUUCUUGGUGUUGUCAUUAACCCUCUUGUACAGAUAAUUCCCCUUCAGACUGCAACAGUGUUGUAAGUUGUUGUUCACUGCAAAUAGAAGGCAAUAGCCUACCAAAUUGUACAGCAUAAACAGUCAAAACUUUUUACAGGCAUCUCUGUGGGUCAAGCGCCUCCUAAGAGUUAAGUUCCUGUUUGUUCCUCAGCCAUCUCUGUAACCCUCUUUAAGAUGGAAACCUGUCCAAUAUGUGGACGCUUGGUGCUGGUCCCAAUACUUAGAGAGGGAUCAUUGUCAACGUUUCCAUAUUUUUAACAUUAUUAUUAUUGUGUAUAUUUUUCAUCAGAAUGUGUUAGUCUGCACUGUUCAACAAGCAAAUAAACAGUGUAGGAAAUCUUG